AUGUCAAAAAACGAAGUAAAAUUAAAGAAAACCCAGCCACCAGUCCGCCGAUCUUCUGGAAUGUUGAAGACAAAAGAAGUUACCGAGAUUCCGGCCGAUAGACGUGUCCUCCGGACAUAUACUGGUACGAGUGAGUAUCGAAAAGGAUUCUACGACAUCUACGUUAAACCCAGUUCAAGCUCACCGGAUGAGGCUGCCAUUCAAACGGCUGUCAUUCAAUGCAAACUGUGCAACAUGUUAAUGAGGAACGAGGGAGGACAUAUCAAGUGAGUUUUUUUUGUGUUACUGGGUAGAUUUGGGAUUUUGUGAUAAAGAAUAUUGAUGUAGAGAUAGUAAUAGGUCUGUAAAAUAAGAUUUUUUGAUUAGUUUUUAAAAAGGCAUGUUGAAAACUGACAGUUUUUCGGGAAAAAAGAGACAAAGAAGGUGCAAAAUGGGGGCCGCGCGGACUUUUUGAUAACCAAUAUUUUAAAAAUGAUUUUUUGAAAAAAUUUUAAAAUUGAAUAGUUUUUAAUUUUCAAACUGAGCAAGGUAUAAGCAGCGAACUGAGUGGAUCAGCCGGCUUUCGAUUGCCAUGUCUUUUUUAGCACUUCUUAAAAUUUUAACAAUUUUUUGAUCAAAAGAUGCUACGGAGCAUAGAUAUAGUUAUUUUAAACAAAAUUUUGCUGACAUUUUCAAAAUUGAUCCAUGCUGAGCCAUUAAAACUCAACUUUCUCACCUAAAACAAGAUUUUUAAAAAAACCAAUUUUAAGACUUCGAGAGGCCCUAAAAUUCAAAAAAUCCCGCCAAACUGCAGGUGCGAAAAAUUUGUAUAAAGUGGGAACCAAAACUCAGCAGGAUUUCGGUCCGGUAACCCGCCAGCCGACGUAAUUACCAUACUCUUGAAACCGGUAUUGUUCCCUUCUUUGUUCGCGCCCGACUCAUAAAUAAUUCCGGAAGGUCUAGUUUUUCGAAAAACAUUUUACCGAAAAAAUGUCAGCUUUUGUUCGCCGAAAUUUGUAAUUUACGGGGCUUGGUAUUUACUUUGGCAUGUGUUAAAAGGGGGUGGUUAUUUUUAGAAAUUUGCGUGGAAGUUUGAUUAUUACCUAAAAUAUAUGAACUAUGCGUUUUGGACAUUUAAAAUGAUUUUUGAGUAAAAACUAUGGGAUAUUAUGGCUAGAAAAAUGUUUUGCUUGAGUUUUGUUACCUAAAAAUUCAUUUUUAAAAAAAAAAGUUUGUUACCUAAAAUUUUAUUUUUUGCCAAAAAUUGGUAAAAAAUGAGUUUAGUAGCACAUCUCCAGCAUAACAAAUGCCUAAAAGAUACCUAAAAAUCAUUUAAAAAAAUUUGUUACCUAAAAUUUCACUUUUUAAAAAGAUUGUUACCUAAAAGUUAAAAAUGCCACUUUUAAUCAAACCAUUUUCAGAAAUCACGCAGUUCACACCUGUUCAGCUCGAAAAGACCGUGUCCCGAAGAAGCCCAAGAAUUACAAUCCACUAAAAUCUGCCAACUACAACAGCCUAGUCCACCCAUGCCUCGAGGACAGCAUCGCAUCAUUGGCCCAUCACAACCUCGCAUCGCUGGCCGAACAUGCUCAACUGUGCUCUAGUCCGGAAAGCAGUCCAAACAAAUCAACCGAAAAUAUCGACCCAAAGAAGCUGGCUUCCGAAUCUUUGGUAAAAAGCGAGAUUCUGGAGUCAAAAGUGGAUUCUGAAGGCACAAAUUGGACUAAAAAUGAACUUCAGGGUAUGAAAAGUGAUUUUCUCACCCCAAAGUUUGAGAUUCAGAAGCAAGAACAUCAGAAUCAGAAGCCGGACAACACUUUUGAGCUGGCCAAUUUUCUAAAGGACCAAGCCUUGGUCAUGUUUAUUAAUCAACUGGCACAAACGUCGACGAUCAACAACCAGCCAGUCCAGAACUCAACUAUCAACAUCCAGUCUGCCCAGAACUCGACGUUCAGUAACCAGCCGGCUGGUACAAAACGAAAACUGAGCGAUUGUGAUAGCAAAGAAGUCAAGAAACCAAGGUUAAUAUCAACGACGAGAAGGAAAAUGAGGCAAAAUAUGUUGAGGACCAAGGACAUGGAGAAGAUCAGCAGGGACAGGUAAGAGAAUGAUUGAAUUUGUUAUUUAUAAUUGAUUUUUCGGUAAUUAAAGGCUCAAAAAAAUGUGGUUUUAACUGUAAAAUAAAAUAUUUUGAAAAAAUUGUUUUUGAAAAAAAAUUUUGGUACUACUGGUACUAUUUUGAAAAAAUGGUGCAACUAGUAUUAAAUUUGAUUUUUUUUACUUUUAAAGGUAUAAAAAUAGAUUUUAAGACAAUUUUUACAAAAAAAAUUUUGGUACCACUGGUACUGUUUUGAAAAAAAUCUUAAAAAUAGGACCCAAAUAAAUUGAAAAUGCCUACAAAACAACAAAAAUCAAUAUAAAAAAUUUUAGAUUUGUCCUCCGCCCCUAUAAUGGUACCAGUGAAUACCGCAAACAGUUCUUCGACGUUUGGGUCAAGCCUUCCGCUUCUGAAUCCGACGAAUCCGCGGUGGAAACGGCGGUGAUUCAAUGCAAAAACUGUAGCCGAAUCAUGAGCAACGAAGGUGGUCAUAUCAAAUCUCAUGUUCAGUCGGCUUGUAAAGGUCAACCGGAUUCAAGAACCUCGCCUAAUUUGAGCAAAAGUACCACUAAUGCACCAAACUUGGUCAAUUCUGGUAUCAAUUCGGCCAAAACCGUACCAACUGGGCAAGAAGAGAACAAUGCUGUUUUGCAACUGUUGUUGUUGCAGCAGUUGUCGCAACUUCAGCAGCCUCAACCGGUCGAUAAUGUGGCUUCGGACUUGUUGGCGCAAAUUUUGAAUGCGGAGCCCGCACCAGCUGCGCCCUUAUUUCCGUUGAAUUCGCUUAGCGCACUGCUGGGCACUCAGUUUUAA